AUGGUUGAUGAUGCAAAUCUUUCUGUCAGAGACGCUGUUGCAAAAGCUCUAACAAAAGUUGGACUUCAGAAACCAGGAGAAAUCAAAAUCCCUGAGAAGCAGCUCCAAGUUGCAAGGCAAAGAGCCAAAUCUCCUGAUACAAGAAGAUCAAUCAAACGUAAGCCAACAUCACAGACAGCUGUAAAUGUAUGGAGAGACUGGGUUGAGGACGAAACGAACAAUUUAUUGACAAGUGGCCAAUGGAAUCAAGUUACAUUAGGUCUUGAACAGGUAAGGAAGCAAUUUGAUGAAGAUUCAAGUAACCCGCAAGCUGUAGCUGCUGGUCUUUCCAAUACUUUCAUUGGAAAAACCUUCACUCCUAAAGUUAUGGCAAAUAUUGUGAAAGAUAUCUUGUAUUACAUCAAGAAAGAAGACUCACAGAAGAUGGCUGAUGAUGCAAUUUCUCAAGUUUUACUGUUUGCACUUGAUAAAUUGCCAGAUAAAAAACUUGAAUCAUCUUUAUUUGAAUUGCUCGAUGCAACAUGCGAAUGUAAUGGCGGCCAAUAUGUUUUUAACUUCUUCUAUCAGCAUCUUGGCGCUAAAAAUCCAGUAGUUCCAAAAUGUAUCGCAACAUAUUUCGCUCAUUACCUCAGUAACGAAAAGGAUUCAUCAGAUAUCGACAUAGAAGGCUUCUCCCAGCAGAUUAAACCACUCUUUACUCACUCAGAUCAAGGUGUUCGUAAAGCAGCAAAUGAAUGUCUUGUUGCUGUUUCAAAUCUCGGCGGAACGGAAGCACUGAACAACUUCAAGUAUGUUAACGAUCGUCAAAUCAAAGAGGCUAAGAAACAAGGCCAAGAAACUCAAGGAGAAAAUACAAAUGAUCUUGAAAAGGUUGUCCAGCUGAACGAAGUUCCUUCCGAUAUCAGCGAUAAAGAGCCUUCUGUUUUAUCUGUUGCUCCUUCAAAACCAAAACAACAAUCUGCAAUUCCUGUCCCUAAGAGAUCUCAAUCUCCAAAGAAGAGUACAAGAGCUGGCCAAUCUCCUGAUCCGAAAAGCGCUAGAGAUAGCUCUCCAGAACGAGCUUUGUUUUCAAAGAAUAUCUUAUCAGCAGUUACAAGAGCUGGUUCGAUGCUCGAAUGCAAGAAAGGAAUGGAAGAAGUCGAAUCAAUGCUAACAAAGUUGUUGGAGAAAGAUAAAUCGAACUCAAUUCCAUUUUCUGAUUUCGUUCCACUUUUUGAGAGACUUCGACCAUGGUUUAAAGAUGCCAAUCCGAACUUGGUCUUAGUUGCAGCCAAAGACGUUCAUUUGUCUCUUAAAUUGAUCAGUGUUUCCGACAUUUCCCAAAUUCCAAAAGAAUUCUACUGCGAUAUGAUGCUACUCCUCAAUUUCACCAACAAACCGAUAAGAACUAUGUGUCUCCAGAUCAUGAAUUUGGUCUAUUCCAUGUGGCCUUCAUUUAUCCCUGAAGUUUUCAUCGAACAAUUCCAAAGAUUCAACGCAGAAGGCAAGAUUUACGCGAUCAGAUUCUUGAGGGAGCUCAACUAUGACAUGGAUGUUAACCAGCAUGCAAGUUUCAUCACUAAUUGCAUUGCAAACAAAUCUGAUGAAUUCCAUGAAGCCGCCAACCCAAUAAUUAUACAGUUCUUGAAUCUUCCUGGUGCUGUAGAAGCUGUUAACAAAGCCGCCGAAGAAUUCCCUCCAGCAAAGAAGUCCCAUAUUAAAUCGUUGAUCACAAAUCUCAUGAAAAGAGAUAAUUCCAAUGCCAACAAAGACAGUUCUUCCAAAGAACAAGCUUCCAGUUUGUUCAAUUACGUUCCUACUCGUGAUGAAACUGAUGAAAGAAUUUCUGGCAUUGAUCCAUUCCUUCCUUUGAAGAUUUUGAACACAGAUGAAGAUCCGGAGAGUCUUACAGAUCUUCUGAAAGCAAAUGCCGAAACAUAUUUCCCAGAAACAAUCAUGGAAACUGACUUAGAAGUCAUUUCUUCAACAUGUUCUUUGUUUUUGAACAUCGCAACAAAAGAUUUCAGUCACUUUUCAUUGAUUUUAGACAUUGUUUUCUUAUGGUGCGCGUAUCAGACUUUGUUAAUGAGACAUGUCGAUGGAUUUGCUGAGAUCAUUGGCUUCUUGGAGAACUUGAUUCCGAUUGUCAAAGAAAAGAACAGACAAUUGACACAAUACGAAAGUUCUUUGAUCAUUCCAAUGAUCUUAGAAUGCUACGGAAGAGACCACAAGACAUGGUCGCGUGUUAAAGAAUUAAUAUUCGAUGCAUGCGAUACACAAGUCUUAUUAGAGAUAUUAGUUCACAUUAUCUCUAUCGCAACAUCCGUUUUCGUUUUGACGGCAACUUAUCAAUGUCUGACUGAAAUAAUUCCAAACGCUGAUGUUCAAAGUUAUGUCGAUGAAUUGAGGAAUUCGACAAACAAGAUUUUGAAAUUAGUUUCUGCAAACAAAGAUGAAAAUCCAGAGAUUUAUACAGCAGCAACUAAUUUCAUUAUUUACUUGGAUAACUUGAACAAACCGCAGCAAAUUCAAGUUCAAAAAGAAGAAGAAAAAGUUGUUGCCGAAUCUCCGAAGAAAGAAGUUCGUCCUGAAUCUCCAAAGAGUCCAAAGAAGAGAUCGUAUUCAAUGUCAAAGGACAGAGAACCAGAGCCACAACCAACAGAAGAUUCAUUCAGUAGAAAUGAAGCAAAUUCUCCUGAAUCACAUAAAUCUUCUGAACAAAAAUUAUGUGUUUGCAUGUUAAAUGACAGUGUUUCACAAGGUUUAGUUGAUCCAAAGGUCCAAUUGUACUCAUGGAUCAAUGAUUUGAUGUCUGACGAAACAGGAGUUGCCGUUCCAGCUUUGAAAUCAAUUUCUGCUCAAUUGAAGAAAGACGAAACAAUAUUUAAGUCUCAUUUAGACGCUUUGAUGAUUUUAUUGUUGUCAAAAGUUCACACUUAUUUCGCAAUGGCUGAGCCACCAACGAGAUUCUGCAAAUACAUUGCUUUCUGUCUGUUGACAUUGUUCUCUGAGACGAAAUUAUCUCCUUUGAUUCCUAAGGAACACAUUCAGCAGCUGUUAUAUGAAAUGAUGACUCAUUUAACAAAUGGAACUGCUGAAGGAGUUUUGAACCAAGUAAUGAAUGCAAUCAUCAUCAAAGUUAUCGAGGAUUGCUCUAUGUUCGCGUUCAUGGGAUUACUGGCUGCCAUUGGUGAAUAUGAUGGAGACUGGCAGAGAAAUCUGAGUGAGAAAUGGCUCAGAUUGGCAAUUAAAUGCUUCGAAGCUUCAGGAGCAAGAAUUUGUGAACUCGGGAAUCAAACAGACAUUUUCAAUUCUUUCUCAUUGAUUGACCAGUUCUUUGAGAUGCAUGACAAGGAGAGUAUGGUAAAGACUCAGAUGGGAGCUAAGGUAUUCCAAUCUAUAAGAAAUUACGGUGAAUUAGUUAUGAAGAAUUAUUAUGAUGUAAUAACCUCAAAAGAAAACCUUAAAAAGUUGGGUCAAAAUUCAACGAUACUGCAACUAUUGAAUAUCAACCCAAAUGUUCAAGGGUCUUCUGUUUCACCAGUUCAGCAUCAACCAAGUCGCUUGAAACCUCUUAGAGGCGGAAAUAUGUAA